UUAAGGAGUAAAAACAUUGAUUCUUUGAUGCAGAAGUUAAAUGAAAAUGAAACCCAAAAUACUAAUCUCAGGAGAAAAAUACUUGAAAGGGAGAAAUAUGUUAAAGAACUUUCGUCCAAGCUUCAGCUUGAAAAAGUCAAUGUACAGAAAGACCAUCUGUCAAGAUCAGUAAAGGCAGUACAAGCUCACCUGCAAUGUCAGAUUCAAAGAAAAGAAGUGGAAAAUGAUGAAUUAAAAAUGAAAGUGCAGAUUCUAGAAAAGAAAAUUGCAGAUUGGAAACUUCAAGUUGGUGAAUACAAGCACCAGAUGCUAACCUUAAAGGAAACAAGUGAGCAAAAGAAUGCUGCUCUGAAAAAAGCAGUCAGGUCCCAGAAACAAAGAGCUCAACAUUUUGAAGCAGCUGUGGAAAAUCUAAUCUUCAGAAUAAGAGAACAUGAAGUCAAAUUGUCUGAGAUAACGUCAGCUUCCGAUGUCUGGAAAAACCAGCUUGAUAGGGUGGUUAAAGGAAAGAGGAUAUUAGAAAUUCAAACAGAAGAUCUUAAGAAGCAGAUCACAAGCCUUUGGGAAGACCUGAAAAGAAAGGAGGAAUGGAGAAGAAACUGGGAUGAGGAAAUUCUUGGACAGCUAAAUUCUGUUAACUCUGAAAAUGAAAAGAUUUACCUUGAAAAUGAACAAUUAAAGGCUUCCCUUGCUACACUGGAAAACAGUACUGUUUCUGUUGAAAAAGAGCUGCUAAAUCUUCAAGAAACGGCAAAGCUGCAGGAAAAUCUCGUUGAACAGUAUAAAAAUCAGGUACAAGAAUUACAAACAGCAGUAGAAGAAUUGAAAUCCAGAUCUGAAACAGUCUUAAGUGAAAACAAAAUAGUAACAGAAGGGCAAUGCUUAGAAGUACACAAGGUGAGGGACAAAAUAGAGCCUGAGUUAAAGGAGUUAGAACAUGUUUGUGACUUGCUGAAAGCAGCUGAGAAAAAGCAGCACGAGUAUCAGGAAAAGCUUAUGUCCUGGGAAACGAUCCAUGCACAGAAGUGCAAAACCCGUAGGGAGCUGCAGCUUCAAAACGAAUUGUCCUUUUCACUGGAGGAAGACAGUGUAACUGCCAUUGGCAGUUAUUCCUUAGAAGAAGAAAACUGGAACAUUCAGAAGAAAUACGAAGAUCUUAAAAGGCAAUUAGAAAAAAAGGAAUUACAAAAUGAAGAACUUGCUUGUCGGCUCAGAAAAGAAGAUGAGAGUCUUCAGUGCAGCACAUUGCAGCUUGAAUUGAAAAUUGCAGAAUAUAAUGGAUUAACUAGACAACUGGAAUCUGCUUUGGAAGAAGGGAGAAGAAUGGUAGCUGAAGAACUGGAAAAAAUGUCAUACAGAGAACAAGUCCUUCAGGCAAAAAUGCUCAUUCUUGAAACUGAAGUGAGAGAGGGGCAAAAAAAGAAAAAACAACUCCUCUGCAUAUUUCACCAUGAUGAAAAGCACCAUGAAGUAUGUUUGAAAGAGCUGGAAAACAGCCUACAGAGGUCAGAGAACAAGAACCAGAGCAUCCAGAAUUAUGUGCAGUUUUUGAAAGCUUCAUACAUAACAAUGUUUGGCUGA